AUGCAAACAAUACACGACGACAUGGAGGUUUGUUCAACAGUCACCACGAGGAAGCUCUCGAGCCUGGCGAAGCUAAUCCUCUUUACCAUCCAGAAAGUCUCAGACGCCUCACGCCACAAACUCCUCACAACCCUCGAUCCGCAACUGCUAGCGAAACGUGGCAAGAUCCUACGCAACGGGUCCCGCAAACCGCUUAUCAACAAGCGCCAGCGGCAAGCGUACAUCCGGUACAACACGCUGCCUAAGGUCCGAGAUUCCGUCUGGGACCGACACGUGGCAGCGGCCGUGUUUCCGGACGUAGCUAGCAGCGCGGGAACCAUGGAUAGCUGCCACGUGGACAGAGCCGCGGAGGAGUUUAUACAGAGGUUCCAUAGACAGCUGAGGUUGCAGAGGUGGAUGAUGGCUCAGGAGGUUUAA